GAAGAGGAGGAGGAGGGGGAGGGAGGUGAGGGAGAGGCGGGCGGUGGGAGCCCUCCCUCCCUCCUCCCGCAUGCCCUUCCCCGCCGCCCCCUCACCUCCGGAGGAGAGCGCCCGCAGUGGACAGGUCGCUACCCCGGCCCGGGCGGGCUCCGGCCGCCUCCGCAGGUGGUAAUUCCUUCUGCUGGCCUUUUUAUGUGGACCACCUUCUGUCUUGUUCAGCCCACAUAAAUUGUGACUUAAAUGUAGGCACUCAGUCUGGUGUAAAGCUGAUGGGUGGGAGCAAAGGUAAAGAAUGAUGUAAUGCAGCAGCAGCCAGAAAGCAUCUUUUGUGUGAAUUGUGAAAUGGCUACUCCGUAGUCAUCUCCCCAUGAAUCAGACGCGAGGGGCUGCUUUGUGGAGCCAACCCUUUGUACAUCAACUGGAAGCAGGAGGAGACAUUCAGUCCAAGAGCUCUUUCUGAAAAUGGAAUUAACUUUUCUUUUGCCAGUCACUACCAGCAUGACCUCAUACACUUCUAGUACAAUGGUGUGGCUAAGCCUUUGAGUACACAGCCAUUACAUCAUCGCAGCAAAUUAGAGAGGGAGGUGGGGACAGAGGCCUUGCUGUUGUCAUGGCCGAUGAGAUGAUCAGGACCCAGCUCAUAGUCGCUGAGAAGUUGGUGGCUUUGCUGGAAAGCGGCACAGAGAAGUUGCUGCUGAUUGAUAGCCGCCCCUUUGUGGAGUACAACACCUCCCACAUCCUGGAUGCCAUCAACAUCAACUGCUCCAAGCUCAUGAAGCGCCGGCUGCAGCAGGACAAAGUUUUGAUCACAGAGCUCAUUCAGCAUUCAGCAAAACACAAGAUUGAAAUCGAUUGCAAGCAGGAAGUGGUGGUGUAUGACCAAAGCUCUAAAGAUGUGACCUCUCUCUCAUCUGACUGCUUUCUUACUGUGCUCCUGGGCAAACUGGAGAAGAAUUUCAGCUCUGUGUAUCUGCUUUCAGGUGGAUUUGCUGAGUUCUCCAGCUCUUUCCCUGGUCUCUGUGAAGGAAAAUCCACACUCAUCCCUACUUGCAUUUCUCAACCCUGCCUCCCUGUUUCCAACACUGGCCCAACUCGGAUCCUGCCUCAUCUCUACCUGGGGUGUCAGCGAGAUGUCCUCAACAAGGAGCUGAUGCAGCAGAAUGACAUUGGCUACGUCCUGAACGCCAGCAAUACUUGUCCAAAGCCCGAUUUUAUUCCAGAAUCCCAUUUCCUCAGAGUGCCUGUGAAUGACAGCUUUUGUGAGAAAAUUUUGCCUUGGUUGGAUAAAUCAGUCGAUUUUAUAGAAAAAGCAAAAGCAUCCAAUGGCCGUGUGUUGGUGCACUGCCUAGCUGGGAUAUCUCGCUCUGCCACAAUUGCCAUUGCAUACAUCAUGAAAAGAAUGGAUAUGUCCUUGGAUGAAGCUUACAGAUUCGUGAAAGAAAAGAGGCCAACCAUUUCUCCCAACUUCAACUUCCUGGGCCAGCUCUUGGACUUCGAGAAGAAGAUCAAGAACCAGAGCGGUCAGCCCGGCCACAUCAGCAAGCUGAAGCUGCUGCACUUGGAGAAGAGCAGCGAGCAGGUGCAGGUGCUGGAGGGGGCACAGGGCAGCGUGUGCAGCAGCCAGCUGUGCCUAUCCAGCAGCCAGCUCUGCCUCUCCUCCAGCAACCAGCUCUGCCUCUCGGCCGCCCCGGAGCUGCGGGAGCCGCAGCCCGCGGCCCCGCCGGAGGACGGCCCGCUGCUGCAGGGCAUCAACGGGCUGCACGUGUCCCGGGACAAGGUGGAGGACAGCACCCGCCUGAAGCGCUCCUUUUCCCUGGAUAUCAAAUCCGUGUCCUACGCGGCGAGCGGCGGCUGUGUGGCCGCGGCGGUGCAAGGCUUCGCCUCCUCCGAGGACACGCUGGAGUACUACAAACACGCGGCGGCCCUGGAGGGCGGCAGCAAGCCGUGCCAGUUCUCGCCCGUGCAGGAGGUGUCGGAGCAGAGCCCGGAGAGCAGUCCCGACAAGGAGGAGGCGGCGCGGCCGCAGGAGGGGCCGGGCCCGUGGCCGCCGGACGGUGCGGCCCCACGGCCACACGCGGGCCACCCGCCGCGGCCCCUGCUGUACCCGCUGCACCGCAGCGGCAGCGUGGAGGACACCUGCAGAACGAACUUCGUGUUCGGCCUCUCCACCAGCCAGCAGCACCUGGCCAAGUCGGCCGCGGGGCUGGGCCUCAAGGGCUGGCACUCGGACAUCCUGGCCCCGCAGCCCUCGUCGCUCACCAACAGCUGGUACUUGGCCGCGGAGUCCUCGCAUUUCUACUCGGCCUCGGCGGUGUUCGGCGGCGGCGCGGCGUUCCCCGCCUACAGCUGCGGCCAGCUGCCCUCGGGCGGCGAGCAGCCCGGGGCCGUGCGCCGCCGCGCCCGCCACGCCGACCGCGGGGACUCCCGGCGCAGCUGGCACGAGGAGAGCUCCUUCGAGAAGCAGUUCAAGCGCAGGAGCUGCCAGAUGGAGUUCGGCGAGAGCAUCCUGGCGGACAACAGAGCCAGAGAGGAACUGGGCAAAGUAGGCAGUCAGUCGAGCUUUUCAGGCAGCAUGGAAAUCAUUGAAGUGUCCUGAGGGGCGGAGGCUCGUGUGACUGUGGCACAGCUGCUUCCCUUUGCAGGCCGCUCCCCCAGGGCCCGAGAGGUCCCUAUAAAUCUGAAACUUUGGGUGAAAAGGUGGAGGGAGGGAAGAAAGGGAGGCUUUGCUGCGAGCCAGGGAAAGGUUGGUACUGCAGGGAAGUGAGCACGGCCUCUGCCUGAGGAGACCGAGCGUGCUGCUGGGCUUUUCCCCACCCCGGGAGAAGGGCAGAACAUUUCACAGACCUUUCCCUGCCAGAGGAAGCAAUUCUAUGCAAUGGAUUGCACAUCCUUUCCGUGGCUUUUAACAAGGAAGCUCUCCUGGUGUCAAAGCCUUUCUCUGGUUCUGCCGAACCACGCUCCUACUUGUCAGAACUAGUUUUGUUCUCCCCUCCCCACGCCCGAUGUCUUCACCAGUGCACCUUAGCCCUGACACUGAGCCAACCUCUGGAGGGAGACCUUUUUCCUGUGAGGAAAGGAGCUGGGAGCGAUUCCAAAGGCCAUAGGGACCGGUUACAGCAAGGCUGGUCUGAACACAGCGUUCAGACAGAUGUAAAUACUGGUGUAACUAUUGUUCUAAUGGAUAGGCUUUAGGUGAUUCGCUAGAGAGCUGCUUCAGAGAAAAAAAAAAACCCAGUACCUCAAAAAUACACAAAAUAAACUAGGGCUUUAUGGCUGCCACAUGCUGGUAGUCAGUUCAUAAGCAAUGUGAACAAGUAAUGACUGGCCACAUUUGAUUUUUUUUUUUUAAAGCUGUCUACGCACAAGUGUUUCAGUUGGCUCAGCAGCAAUUCUUAAAAGAAGAUGAAUGAACCAUACUUGGGACUGUUUCCCUCAGUCUUUUGAUACAGUAUUUGUAUUUUUGAUAUUAAGCUGGCUUCUGGGAGAGGGGUAGCUGCUUUGGCUUCUAAGCUAUAAAGGAGUGGUUGAUAGGUAGAGCUACAUGCAAGAGAAGUGGCUGCUACAAGUGGCCACAACACGCUUUUCUUGCCCAUUAACAAUUCAAUUGCUGAAAAACAAUUCAAAUGUUUGGGUUUUUUUAAGGUAAAAAUGAGCUGGGGUGGGCUUUUGUCCUUAACUGAGCGGUUCGAGGGUGGAAGUGCAGACACUCAAGGCUGUACCAUGUCCUCAGCACCCCGGGGCAGGCACCUCCAGCCUGAGGAGGUGUCACAGCCCUGGUUUCACAGGGGAUGAGGCACAGCCCUUCCCGUUUUUGAGUGACCCAGGUGCUUCCCCUCCCACCUGGGCUGCUGCUCACCUUGGGCUACGUGUGCAGGUUGCCAUGAGAGGUUUAUGGUCAGCAAGGGGUGGUACCAGAGCCACUGUGUAAAGCUGCAUCCUUCCUGCCCCAGGGCCUUCCCCAGCAGCCCUCAGAACACGUGUGUUGAGGGGAAACUAUAUUGUUUUGUCCCAUUUCAGUGCAGGCAGCUGAAAACUGUAGUAACAAAUAAUUAACCCUGGCCAACAGCUUUAAAAAAAAAAUUGUCAGCAGCAAACUGAAGCCCUAAUUCAAGUCAGCAGCUUGGGUUAUGUGUGGGGUUUUUUUACUGUAAGUUUAGCUAGUUUGUGACUCAAAUCUCAGGUUUUACUAUAUUGAAAAGUGCAGAAGAUUUUUGUCAUUGUUUUGUUUUGUGGCUAGGAUGUGACUUUAAUUUCCUACAAUGGACCGUUGAAAAUAGCACUGAAAGCUACAGCGUUGAUUAACUUGAUCCUGAAAAGUGCAAAAGGCACAGAGAGAGGAGGCACCAGGAGUCACUGAGCCCAGAGGUUCCUUGUGCUGCGUGUGCAAGGCUGGACGAAGGGCCUGGGCAAGGGAGAGGCUGACAUCACCCUGGACACUGUGUCAGGUGCUGCCACUUGUCUCUGUUUACAUCUCCAGUGGAAGUGAUUACAUCACGGCUAUUUUCAGCUCUGUAUUUGCCUGUGUAAACAGUUGAACAGGGCUCCUCUCAGCUACACUUCAGGAAAAGCCCGUGGCUUUGAUUUAAACCAGUUAAUGGGAGUUAACAGUAGAGGCAGACAGGGACCUUCCUCUUUUGUGCUCCCUCAGACAUGCGUGUUCUCCCCUUCUUUGUAUGUUUGGAGUUGGUUUGGUUGAUCGCCUUCUGAGGAACUGAAAUCUGCUCUUGUGGCUCCUCGUGAUUCCCAGUGUGUUCUGGAUGAAUCCAGGGUGUAGGCUCAGUACUUACAGGGGCAGGUUCCCACACGAGGAAGCCUUAACCCCAUGUGCUGCACAGGGUGGUGCCCUGGCUCAGACCUGAACUAGAGUCCUGUCCCUGAACAAUACUGGAAAUGUUUGCAGAAGUCUGGAAAGCAAAGUGGGGGAUGUGAGAGGGAAAAAUGUGUACAUGUUCAAUAUGAAUAUAAUGUAUGGCAUUUGGUGUGUGACAUACUUGGCAUGUUUGGUGUAUGGCAAGGUGAAAUGGUUCAGAGAGAUGUGAGUUUCUCAUCUUGUUGUGUCAUGAGCAUUACCUGUAUGUUAUGAUGAAAUAAAAUCAGAAAUGGUACCUGUUUAUACAGAAGGCUGAGGAAGGAGUGGUGGAGUGUUUUACCUGCAGCAGGACCGCAGCAGCCAGGAGAGCAGGGGCCUUGUCCUUCAUGGAACACCCCCUUCCCUGCAGGUGUGUUCAUGAAUGACAGAGCUGGAGCAGCUUUAGACCACUCCUCACAAGCAGUGGUGAUUUUACUGCACCAGUAACCAUUUUGGCCUCUUACCUGUUCCUGAUUGUCCCUCUUCUCCUGCUCCACUGAUGAGCAGUGGCACAGUCUGCAUUAACACCUUCCACUAAUCCAGGAGUGAGGAACCUGCUCCUCAGGCAGCUGGGGUGGUCUUGGUGAAGCAAGUAUUUGAAAUUACUGAAGAAUUACCCAGAAUGAACCCCAUGCUUUUUUCUCGCCUCCCUCCCAUAUUCUUGAAGCAUAAUUUAAUUACUCGUUUAAAUACUUGUUUUGACUAAUGCUGUCAGUCUUGAAGCAUUCAGAGCAAGUUCUGCUCGCUGAGAUUGGAGCACACCCCCAUUGCUGCUUCAGAGAAUGGUUUACACAAAUGUAGCACAGAUUAGAAUUAAAGAGGGCUGCCACAGUUGUAUCCUUGGAGGGGAAAGCUGUGAGUUUAUGUAACAGCAUCUUCAAACUCAGAUGCAGUAACAGAAGCCUUUUCUUUUGAGAGUUUCAAAGCACAAUCCCAGAAAGAGAAAUGCAAAAUCUUCAGCCUCUCUAAAAGAAACUGAACCAUCAGUCAGAGCACAAGCACCAACCUGUGUGAGUUUCUGUGCUCACUUUCUACAAACAAGAUGUAGCAGCUCUUAGGAAGAAAACAAGAACCGUGCAAACUCAAUGGCAUCAUCAGCUCCUUAGCCUACACAACAGGCUGACGUGACAAUUUUCAAAGAUUUAGCUGCUCACCCAACUCCAAAGUCCACUUCUGAUUGCAGUAGCUCUGUUUGUUCCCUCAGGUUGUGUUUUUUGAAGUGUUCACUUCAGCUUUCAGCACCCUCCUGCCUGCUUUGCAGGGCCUGCUCUGCCCCUGUUCCCUCCAUCCCUGCUGCCCUGGGAAGAGACAGUCUGACUCCCCCUCCAGUCAAAACCCCAGGGGCAACUGAAACGUGCCUCAUGCAUGUCAUCAACACUUUAUUUUCAUUUCACUGCCUGGCAUUACUGGGAAGAGGUCCCGAGGUCACUGGGCUCCUGAUGUACCCAUCACAGUGACAUUCCUGCAGUGAAGUGAACUGAAAACAGAGCAAACUUCCCCCGGCAGGGAUCAGGUAGCCCUGCCUUUGAGGGGGCUGGGGAGGAUAAGAGAGAAGAAAUGUGGGAAUUAGGGGAACUACUGUCUCUACUCACUGUAUUCAUCAGGUAAGUGCUCAAUAUGCUGUGGCUCACAGCACAAGUUACAAACUGACUUCUACCAGACAGUGGGGGCACAAAAAGCCCAGAACAAGGGGGACAGCACUAGGCUCCUAUUAAGACUGUUACUUUUUAAAUCCAAAAUCACUGCAAGUCAACCAAACUUACCCAGCCAGACACCUUAAUUAGCCAGCCAUCCACCUCACUAGUCUGUAUAUGUUAUUAUUCUGUGAUAAAAGUAUUCUAGCACUUUUAGACAGUGUGAUGUACACAACACCACAACUACAUUAUAGACACAAACCCACAACUGAGAAUUCAGGCAGAACAGUGUUCCUAAUACAUCAGCUUUGCCUGGCAACAGCAUUCUCCCUUUGAACCCUGCCUGUAAAGAACUUCUUGGCCUUCAGGUCCAAAUGGUUGCUCUGAGGCAAACUGAAGUGUUUCUGCCUUCAGCUAAUUCUGCAUUUCCAAGUAUAUUAUUAAGAGUCACCAUAAAUAGAAAAGGAAAGGGAGCUAUUUCUUGCCUUCUGCAACACCCACCCCUCUGGGAAGGGGCUGCUUUCCUGGCAUGUAAAAUGCUGCCAAACACUUCUGGAGCUCUGUCCUGCUGCAAGGGAUUCUCACUUUGAGGAGUGGAUUUCAGCUGCCAUUCCCGGGACCCUCACCAUGCUCCACUGCUGUACAAAGCCAGUGUGUGACACUACAGGCAAUGAUGAGGCUGGAGCAUCAGCCAUUUAAAAAACUCCCCAAAACAGCAGGAAAACAAAAAGAAACCCCAUAAAUUUGCCUCUCUUUAUUUAGUAUCACCUGUGCAGGUGAGAGUUCAUCACCAUUUUGCUUUCCCAAGGCCAAGUCCCAAGCAUCACUGCUCACAUCUUGUAUUCAGACUGGACAUCAGUGCCAACCAGAACUGGGACAGCACUGGGGGAACAAAAGCCAAGCAGCACUUUCUCUCAUUCUGGGGAUGUGUUUCCUCUCAAUCCCAGGGCAGCUUAAAUCAGCCACCUCCAUGGCACAGAGUGGGUGCAAAUAAAGCUGAGAUACGCCUGCACUGCCCAGACACCGCGGUGGGAAGUGGGAAUGAAGAAUGAGUAAUAAGACAAUUGGAGAAACAACACACUUGGAAAAAAGCCACACCAAAGGCUUUAAUGCUGGAGCUGUGGAACAUGGAGCAUGUAGGAAGCUGAACAGAGUAACCACCCAUAAACCAUGAACCAUUGCCACAAGGCUGGCAAUCCAAAUCCCCUCUGGCAGCUUGGGAACAGGAGGGAUGUUACAGCAGUACCUCGGAAACUACUACUAGAAUGUGUAUUUCUACUCUCUUCUGUGUAAAAGCUUGGGGGAGGGGGAAAACACACUUUAAAUAUUUAAGUAUAUUUAAAUAUAUUUAAUUUAAAAUACAUACAUUAAAAAAAAACCCCACACAAACUCUUCUCUCCCCUUCAGCAGAUCUUCACAGGCAUUGCCCUGCAGGUAGGUUGGCACUUUAGCACCUUGUCAAUGCAUUCAGUGACAAAAACAACGGAAACAACAAAGCAAACCUGCUCUGCAUGGGCAGCACAGAGACACAAGGAGCACCAGUGGCAGCACAACGGGGGAGCUGCAACAGCAGAGUCAGGGGAAGGGCCAGAGCAGCUCAGGCCAAAGAGGAACCACAGCCCCAGGGACUCGUCCUGCUCCCCAGCUUUUCACAAGAUCAUGUAUCAAGAAGCUCAGCCUGUACCCCAGACCACACCACCCCAGAAAGCAGAAAAAGGCAGCAGUGUCUGGUUUCAGGGGAGCACACCAGAUUAUUCCCUGCUCACAGCACUAAAUUUGUGGUAGCAGUAACAGCUGCUACAUUCGUGAAAGAUACCUGAGGCCUCUUCCAAGAGCGUUUGGCUUGGAGGAGGAAAUUCAUAAGCAGAAAGGUGAUUCCAGUCACAUCUCCAGCCUCCUGCUGGAGUCACAUCUCCUCCUCCAGCCUGGGAGGGAAGCAUCAGUCUCACCCUGAGCAUCACUUGCAUCUGAGCUGAAACUGAAAGCAGCACAUGCAGCAAAGCCAACAAGGAGCAGCCAAGCAACAAACAGCAGCUUGAGAAGAUGUGGGAGGCCAUGUCCCCCCCUCAGCAAGAGGGCCAAAGACUUACAGUUCCUGAAGGCAGUGACAAUGUUUUAAAUAAAACUGUAAACCAUCGUUGAAGGGCAGUUAGAGGGUGCAUGCUUCUUACAGUACCCAUGUGAGAGACUAUUACCUAUGCAAUGGAGGUGAUUACAUGUGAGCAUUGGAAAAGGCUGGCAUUCACAUUUCAGCUCGAAUUUCUUUCGAGUUACUACAGCUUCUACAACCUGCCCUCGCUGUUCAAGCAGCUCUGUCUGUGGGGCCCAGCAGCACAGCCACAAGCUUAAAGACCAGUGUUCCUAGGAACAAACCUUUUCUCCCAUUCUCAGGCCAGUGCCUUGGUGUUUUCUGGCAAAUGAGGAAGGAACUGAUUUGCAGCGCUCGCUCCUGCAGCCUUCAGUUUCGAUUCCUUGGCCCUCAUUAGCUCUGCAGGGAGCAAUGCUUUCAUCUGAUACUUAAUGGCCUGAGGCCAAAUGCCUACAAGCCUCAGAGAAGUGUCUUACAGCAGAGAACAUCUGCCUGGAGUAUCAGGAUCUUCCCACUGGCACAGGCUUCCAGCACACCAGGGUGUGGGACACUGAUGAUCCCGUCUGGCAGACAGCUGAAUGUCGCACAUUUCAAACAUCCAGACAGCAUCAUCUGGACAAAGAGGACAAAAAAGGCUGCAGCCACUAUUUAAAGCAGCUCAAUAUUCUGAUGUGUCUGAUGGUGGGAGGCAGAGACACAUUCCAUGAUGGACAAGGAGGACCCAUAAGGGCAUGGCCAUGACAAGCAGCUUCUCCUGGGUUAAGUCUCACGUAAGCUUUUAACAGUUCAAGUGCAAAACGUGGCUGGCAGGAAGCUUGAACAAGGACGGAAUGCUGAUGUUUUAUCCUGGGCAACACACAGCAUAUGGCUAUGCAUGUAAAACCUCUGGGGUGGGAGCAGCAGGCAAGGAGACCUGCUGCCUUUGCUAAAAACCCUCCUGCUGAGUUCCCUGCUCUCCCUGAAGCAGUCAGUCCCACUUCCCAGGGCAUCAUUCCAGGAGGCUUCAUUUGUACAGGACUCUGCUUCUAGAUAGUUCAGCAGGCCCUGGGAUCCAACCACCACCAUGGUUCAGAUGCACAUCUAAGUUGGCUACAGUCUGCAUGACAAAAAUUCAUGCCACAUGGCCUUUGGGAAUGCAACAAGAGAACAGCCUGUUGCUUCUUGCCACCAGGCAAGAAUUACUACAAUCAAAAACCUACUGCAGUCUUACUUCCAAAUGCUCAGAGACAACCUUUUGCUUAAUAAAUGCUCUUAAGUACUAAGACUUAUUGAAGCAGGCUGCCUUUGGCAAGUGACCCCACCUUGUGCCGUACUGGAAGCUGGGUUCACUGUCCUCACUGCUGGAACUGCACUCGUGACACACAACAGCCCUUGGGGUCCCUGGGCUCUUCAGCCUUGGCUGGCCUGGGAGGAGGCAGGAACGUCCUGCUGCCUUUGGAGCAGGAGGCUGAGAAGGGUUUCAGUCCCUCAGCAGUGCCACCGGCAGCUCCCAGUACAAGGGCAGCUAAACCAACACACAGAGCCAAAGGACUGCUCCUGUCUCUCCCUCCACCCUCACACCCUCACACCGGGAAAAAGGAGCACCAAGUUAACUCAAGUGUCCCAAUAAAAAAAGACACCUUGUGUCUUUUUGUGAGCAGGCUGGUACUGGUGCUUAUCAGAGGGAUACAAAAUGCCACCAGCUGGGGCAUGGGGACGUUGUCAGGGCAAGGGGGAGAGGAACACUAAGGUUUCCUUUAUAUUAACAGAUAUACAUAUCUAAAACAGUUACUCCUUUACAGCCCCAUAAAUUAGUGAGCCCACAGAAACAGGAGCCUCAAGGACAUGCCAAAACCCUGCUGUGCAAACCACGUUAAUUAUGAUAAUGGCCAGAUUUUAAUAAGCCAGUUCCUGGCUCCCACACUUUCACCUAUAAAACACACAGAUUUCCAAGGCCAGGAGAUCUCAGAAAUACCUUCCAGCCAUCUAAUUGUCUAAACCCCAGUGGCACAAAAAACAUGUUAGAGGGUUCAUCACACCCCAUAUCCCUUUGAAUUUUUUUAGUAUAAAAAAUAAAAUAAAUCAGACGAAAGGAAAUUCCUCCUCUGUAAACCCCAACUAGUCACAUAAAUGAAACCAAUGUGUCUGCACAGGCGGUGUAGUGGCAAAGGGGACAGGAGGGCACGAGGAGGGAGA